AGCCCUUAGCUGUUGUCUUAACCUCAUGAAGAGAAAAGAAUAAAGAAACCUUAAGCUCAUUAACAUAUACACCACCACCCCACACUACCAUCAUCUCCCACUGCCCCCAUAGAGAGAGAGAGAGAAGAAAAAGCACGGGAAACCGCUUCAAGAAAACCAAAAACGGAGAAGAAGAAGAGAGUUUCCCUGUGUAUAUUUAAGAAAUGGCAAGGCUGAGCUCUUUUUUCUUGAUCUCCGCGACCGUCUUGAUCUUGAUGGUGAUGGGCUGGCCAUCCACCGUUCAAGGAAAUGGGGACCACCACCACCACCACCUGGGGUGGAUUCCGACCACCGCAACCACCAGAUCAUCAAUCUGCGACAAAGGGUCUUUAGCAGAGUGCAUGGCUGAGGAGGAUGGGGAAGAGUUUGGGAUGGACACGGAGAUCAACAGGCGCAUUUUAGCAACUAGCAGGUACGUCAGCUACGGUGCGCUUCAGAAGAACAAUGUUCCUUGCUCUAGGCGUGGUGCUUCUUACUACAAUUGCAAGAAUGGUGCUCAGGCUAAUCCUUACAGUCGUGGAUGCAGUCGCAUUACAAGGUGCCGGGGUUGAAUUUUAUUUAUUUACUUAUCAUUUUUUUUUGUUUUUUUUUUAAUUUUUUAAAAUGGGCUUGAUUGAUUGUCAUACUUGAAUGGCAAAAAAGAAAAAAGAAAGGAGUUGGUGGUGUUGGCUCUUUGAUGUUAUUGAUGGAAAUAUUGUUGUCAUAACAAUAUCUUGAUGUCUUUGUAAGAGAUUAUCGUUAACUACUACUACUACUAUCAUUCCUUCUUCGUUUUCGUAA